AUGAAUUGUCAAAUGAAAAAGAUUUUAAUCAUAUCAUUAAUAUUAAUAAUUUUUCAUGUUUAUUCUAAUAUAAAUGCUUGUAUGUCAUCUGGAGUUUGUGGAUGUGGACAUUCAUCAUCAUCAUGUGGUUGUAAAGUUAAAGCAAUGGGAGCUGUUAUAAAACAAUGUUUUGAUGAAACUUGCCCACCAGGAUACUCCUGUGAAAAGUAUGGGUGUAAAAAAAAUAAAGUUUAUGGAUCAACUAUUACUAAAAGUGGUUUUAUAAUUUCUGAUAAUGAAUAUGUUAAUCAGACAAAUUUUUUAAUAAAUGAUUUAGUUUCAAACUUAAAAACAUAUAAAGAAGAAAUGGUAAAUAAAAAAAAUAAGUUUAUUGAUACUAAAAAAUUAGAUAUAAUUACUUUUCAACAAUUAACAAAUCCAAAUUUUUUAUUUAAAGAAUGUUGUAAAGCACGAAGAUUACCUGAUGAAUGUUUAGAAAAAUGUGAUUUUAAUAAUUUUACCAAAACAACGCUAAAUAAUAUGUUUAUUGGAUACGAUAUUUGUCCAUUACAGGCUACAGCAGAGAUGCAAUAUUGUGCAGCACAAGGUAGAGAUCACAGAAAAUGUUGUAAAAUUCGUGGAGUAGAUAAAACUAUAGCUGGUGAUAAAUGUUUGGCAUUUUGUGAUCAAAGACCUGGUAAAAUAUUAAAUCUUGAUUAUAGUUAUAUUCCAUGUUUUGAUGUUUUUGAAUUAAUGAAAUCAUGUUUCUAUGAAGAGGUUAAGUAUCAUGCACAACAUCUGUUAAUGAAUAAAUCAAUCUUUCAAAAAAAAAAUAUCUAA